GAUGGGAAAACUCAACAAGAAAUUAGUUAAAACACAGAAAAUCGUCACGAAGCAAUCGGCAAAUCAAGGCAACAAAGUUAUUGGGCCUUUUCCACUGUACCGAUCUACGCCAGUGCUACUGAAUGAAGCGGAACAGUCAAGUUUCAAGAUUGUAGAAACUAAGCGCAAGCCUUCGAAGAAAGGCAAGAUCAAGGAGAAGGGCGAUGAACCCGGUUCCGGACCGAAACAGCCUCCUUCGGACGAUUCCGACGAACAGCAGGACGAGGUUAAAGUGAAGAAGCUUCGCAAGCUGGCCAUCUCACGCAUGACGAAGAGGGAAAAGAAACAGUUCAAAAAGGAUGAGAUGCUGAAAAAGGUCGAACUAACGAAGGAAGCGUUCAAACGGGAUAAGGAACAGAAGAAACGCGAAAAAACGGCCAUUACCGGAGACAUGCGUCCGCUGCUAGACGCCCUGCCCACGCUAGACUCCCUAUUUCAAAUCAAGUCGUCCGGUACACUGAAAACAGGAGUGCCCCAGUUUGAUAAAAAGGUGAAGCCAAAAACGAAAAACCAGCUUCGGACGGACCGAAUGAAGAAGAACAAAAAAGCGUUUAUCAGUCGGUGCCGUACGAUUAAAAAGGUUUUCAAGAACAAGGAGUACCGGAAGGAUCCUAAGAAAAUGAUAGCUGAACAUAUUAGAAAUACCCGCAGUGGGCAGUUGGCUCUAUUGAUGGGCGAUGGGGCCAGUUAGCCGCGCGGUCUGUUCAACGGUGCUGUUUGUUUCUUUUAAGGUUAAUAAAAUAAAAGAGAAUCAUAU